AUGGACCACACCUCAAACGGCACAACUCCUAAGCGGAAACAGCCGCCGACUUCAGACGACCCCAUACGGCCUACGAAACAGGUACGCCGGCCAUCGCCCGGACCUCAUAUGAUGGAGAAUGGGAGGCUGUCGAGUGUCAUUCAUACCGCCACACCAGAUACCGUAGAGUGGCAGGCGACUAUUGAAAAGGUUGUACGAAAUGUCGUCAGCAUACAUUUCUGCCAGACUUGCUCCUUCGACACCGACUCAGCCAUCAGCAGUGAGGCCACCGGAUUUGUCGUCGAUGCCGAGAAGGGCUACAUCCUCACAAACCGUCAUGUUGUUGGCGCCGGGCCAUUCUGGGGCUACGCGCUGUUUGACAACCACGAGGAGACAGAUGUCUACCCGGUCUACCGCGAUCCCGUGCACGAUUUUGGUAUCCUACGAUUCGAUCCCAAAGCCAUCAAGUACAUGCCUCUUACUUCUCUCGAACUGCGUCCAGACUUGGCCAAGGUUGGCUCAGAGAUUCGAGUUGUGGGUAACGAUGCGGGAGAGAAGCUCAGUAUCUUGUCUGGAGUUAUUUCAAGGCUGGAUCGCAAUGCGCCCGAGUACGGCGAAGGCUAUUCAGACUUCAACACCAACUACAUUCAAGCAGCGGCCGCGGCAUCUGGAGGUUCAUCAGGCUCGCCUGUGGUCAACAUUGAUGGAUUUGCCGUUGCGCUUCAAGCAGGCGGCAGGGCAGAUGGCGCAGCUACCGAUUACUUCCUUCCUCUCGACCGACCUCUUCGAGCUCUACAAUGCAUAAGAGAUGGCAUUCACGUCGCGAGAGGCACCAUACAAACUCAGUGGAUACUGAAGCCGUUCGACGAAUGCCGAAGACUUGGUCUUACUCCUGAGUGGGAGAGCGAGGUGCGGAAACAGUUCCCGAAAGAGACAGGCAUGCUUGUUGGAGAAGUCGUCCUUCCCAAGGGGCCCGCGCACGGCAGGCUCGAGGAGGGUGAUGUCCUGCUCAAGGUCAAUAACGAACUACUCACGCAAUUCGUGCGCUUGGACGACAUUCUGGACAGCAGUGUAGGCGGAAAGGUGAAGCUUCUGGUCCAGAGAGGAGGCAAAGACGUGAACGUAGAGCUUGAAGUUGGCGACCUGCAUGCGAUUACCCCUGAUCGCUUUGUUUCCGUUGCGGGCGCGGCAUUUCACGACUUAUCAUAUCAGCAAGCGCGACUUUAUGCGAUCGCGAUCGAGGGCGCUGGUGUGUACUGCUGCGAGGCUGCAGGUUCUUUCCGCUUCGAGGGUUCUGAGUACGGUUGGCUUAUUCAGUCGAUCGACAACAAACCCACUCCUAAUCUGGACGUCUUUGUCGAAGUCAUGAAGGGCGUUGCUGACCGGAGCAGAGUGGUGGUCACAUACAAGCAUCUUCGCGACAUGCACACUCUGAACACAAGCAUUAUGCUAGUCGACCGACACUGGAGCAAGGGCAUGCGUCUUGCUGUGCGCAACGACGAAUCUGGAUUAUGGGACUUUACAGAUCUGGGCGAAGCUAUUCCGCCUAAGGAACCAACACCCAAGAAAGCAAAUUUCAUCACUAUGGAAGGCGCGCGUCAUCCAGCGGCGGCUGAUAUUAUCCGUUCAUUCGUUCGUGUAUCAACGACAUUGCCCAUCAAGCUCGAUGGCUUCCCGAAAGCUCGGAAGAUCGGAUACGGUCUGGUCAUCGAUGCAGAGAAGGGCUUGAUUGUAGUCUCGAGGGCGAUCGUGCCAUACGACAUGUGCGAUAUCUCGCUCACGUUUGCUGACUCGAUCAUUGCCGAAGGCAAAAUUGUGUUCCUGCAUCCGCUACAGAAUUAUGCCAUCAUCAAAUACGAUCCCAGUCUGGUGCAGGCGCCAGUCAAAUCUGCGAAGUUGGCCGAGAAGGCUAUCAAACAAGGAGAGGAGACCAUCUUCUUCGGAUUCAACCAGAAUCUCCGGCCAGUGAUAGCAAAGACGGCUGUAACAGACAUUACUACUGUCGCCAUUCCAGCAAGCGCAUCCACACCACGCUACCGGGCAGUAAACCUGGAUGCCAUCACAGUCGACACCUCGCUGAGCAGUCAAUGUGGGUCGGGGGUGCUCGUUGCUGACGAUGGUACCGUUCAGGCCCUCUGGUUGACAUACCUUGGCGAGCGCAAUGGCCAUAGUGGUAAGGACAUUGAGUAUCAUCUUGGCUUCGCGACCCCGCCCCUUCUCCCCGUGAUCGAUCAGGUCAAGAAGGGCGACAAGCCGACACUCCGCAUCCUCAAUAUGGAGACUCAAACAAUUCAAAUGUCGCAGGCACGUAUUAUGGGCAUUUCUGACGGCUGGAUUGAACGCGUGGAGCGUCAUGAUCCCGAACGUCACCAGCUUUUCAUGGUAAGAAAGGUGGAUGCCGGCGAGGCGAACGGUCUGAUGGAGGGAGAUGUCAUACUCACCAUCAACGACAAGCUGAUCACUCGCGUGAGCGACAUGGACCUGAUGUACAGCAACGAGAAGCUGAACGCUGUCAUCGUGAGACAAAAGCAAGAGAUGUCUAUCGAGGUGCCAACAGUACCAACAGGGGAGCUCGAGACUGAUCAUGUCAUCGUCUUCUGCGGUGCUGUCCUACACCGGCCUCAUCACGCUGUCCGCCAGCAAAUCAGCAAGGUCCACAGCGACAUCUACGUUUCGGCACGCUUUCGAGGAUCGCCGGCCUACGCAUAUGGUCUGGCUCCAACCAAUUUCAUCUUGGCUGUUAAUGCGGUACCGACACCAGACCUUGAGACAUUUCUAUCUGAGGUCAAUAAAAUUCCCAACAACACUUAUUUCCGGUUGAAAGUGAUGACCUUUGACAACGUGCCCUGGGUGGCGACCAUGAAGAAGAACGAACACUAUUUCCCCACAAUCGAGUUUCUCAAGGAUGAUACUCAGCGAGAGGGAUGGAAGAGGGUCAUGUACGAAGGAGGAAAAAAGAAAGAAGGGGAGGCAGAAAUGCUGCCAGAGAUCAUUGACGAGGGCGCCGUGCCUGCCGAGAUGGAAGAGGCCGAUGGUGGUGACGAUCAGUCGAGACCUUGA